UCUGCUUGAUCUCAGCCCUCUCCUCUCUCCUCUAAAGAAGAGUAUUUUUGCCUUUCGAAAGUAUGAAACUUUCAAGAGUUUUAUUUGAUUCUUUUCUGUUUUUUAUGUUUUUAAAUUUUUCAAAUAUUAAGAGCAGUAAUUGCAACGAAGAAUCCAGAAACACAACUGCUGUACAGAGGAUUAAGCAUGCGGCUGCCAAACCUAGAGUCAGGAGAGGGUCACAGGGAGAAGGAUCCAAAACUGAUGCUAGGAAUUUAGGAUACCCAAGACUUAUCUAUUCACCAACCACUGGAUUACCAGACAUGAAUCGGAUGCAAAAUGACUCCUCACAGUCACCUACCUGGGGACCGAAGCUGAUAAACUCACUGUAUCCUCUGAGUGAGAACUCAAUCAGUGCUUAUGGAGUGCUUCUCUUAUCACUAGUGGUAUUUGCUGUGGGCAUUGUUGGCAACCUGUCUAUCAUGUGCAUUGUGUGGCACAGCAUGUCUAUGAAGAGUGCCUGGGAUUCCAUCCUGGCUGGUGUUGCACUGUGGGACUUUCUGCUUCUUUUCUUCUGUCUGCCUGUAGUUGUCUUCCAGGAGAUCACACAUCGAAGACUUCUGGGGGUCUUCUCGUGUCGUAUUGUACCAUACAUGGAGGUUUCUUCCCUUGGGGUUACGACAUUCUCUUUGUGUGCACUGUGUAUAGAUCGUUUCCAGUCAAUAACUUCAUCGCAGUUACCUCCAAGACCAGUGGAGCAGUGCCAAUCCAUCCUGGGAAAGGUAUCAGUUAUCUGGCUUGGAUCCUUGACUCUUGCUCUCCCGGAGAUAUUUUUGUGGCAGCUGAACCAGGAGCGUUCUCCAUUAUCAGGGUUAAUCAGUGAUUCCUGUGUGAUGCAUCCUUCUCCUGAUCUGCUCCCAGUUUUGCGCUCCUUAAUUCUGACAUACAAGCAUGCCCGAAUGUGGUGGUUCCUUGGCUGCUACUUCUGUCUACCCCUCCUUUUUACUAUGACAUCGCUACUGGUGACUCUGCGAAUUGUUGGGAACACAAAGAACAUGAAAAAUAGCCAGUGUCAACGUCAGCUGAGCUGGAUAGUGGCAGGUCUAGCUAUUGUAUACGGAGUGUGCAUCCUCCCUGAAAAUAUCACAAAUAUCUUGGUGGCCUAUACCAGUCUGGAUCUGCCCGAGAAUCUCUUGGCACUUAUCACUCAGUUUUUCUUAUUCUUGAAGUCUGCAGUAACACCUGUCCUCCUCCUAUGUGUCUCCAAACCACUAGGACAGGCUUUCCUGGAUUGUUGCUGUUGUUGCUGCGAUGAUGACGCUAAAGAAGGAGCUGCACCUAAUGCGGAUGAGAGCAGUGCCAAACUGGAACCCCUUAACCCCCCAAACAGCGCAAGUGAUUCAGCACUACAGCUGGGCACCCCCUGCUAAAUUAAAGGAAAUGAUAUAGAGACUGGUAGUCCUCAUAGCCUAACAAGAAGGGAAUAUGUAGUACAUGGAAAGUAGAGGACAACUGAAGACAAAAUAGUCAAAGCAUGUUUCACCAUACAUGUAUGGCAGAUGUUGGGGAGGGGAUAAAGGGGUUUGUCCAGUGGGGCAAAAUUUGUUCUCAGAGUUAGGACACUUUCACAUGGUCAGUAUUUGGCUAGUAUCAUUAUUAUUGUUAUUAGAUUAAUCUGAAGGGAUAAAAAAGUGAAGUGCAAAGUUAGUGCUGGACACAAUACAAGACAAACUAGGGGUUGCUAGAAAGCGGACCACUAAAAAAUACCCCUUCGACUUCAUUCACAUCUGCAUUUGAGGUUCUGGUAAAAGUCUGGAAAUCUGUUUCAUGCUUUUGAAUGGGAUUGUUUCUACAGCGAGCACUAGACAAAGCUCAUUCAGAUACAUGGGCCAGUCACUGACAUUUCUGCAACCAAUCUGCUGCAUGUGAAUGUACCCUUAUAUACUCUCCGUUUACAUUUAGCAAAGCCCUCUUGCCCAACGUUUUUAAACAGAUUUAGAAAUAUAUAAAUAUAUUACAUCACAUUGUAUACAGCUGCCUACGUACUGUGGCCGUAUAACUGAGGCAAUAAAGCCCAUCAUUAUCAACUAAUAUGGUUAGUGAGAAAUAGAAUCCAUGCUCACAUUCAGCUCAUGCCAAAUUUGCAAAUAAAUUAAAAAGUGCCAAAUUCUGGGCAUAUUGUAUCUGAUCUGGUGCUGUAGAAGGCAUCUACCUAACAUGAAUACAAAUCUACUAGAAAUAAAGGUUUCUGAGACUCCUGCCAUCAGAUGACACUUGUCCCAUACUGCUAAUCCUUUGGAAUGCAGCACCCUAGCAGUAUAAAGGAAGCCUCUAACCUUUAUUUACCAUAUAUAACUAAUGCUACAGUACUGUGGUGCACUACAGCUAAAGAACU